CAGAUGCAAGACAGAAGAAAAAAAUGUAUGACAGUAUCGAAUUUUACAGCAAUGUUUAGAAUAAAUACAAUUUUAUGGACUGCAAGAUCUUUACUGCGUUACCGAUAUCUAGAAGUACGAACAGCAAGUGUGUCCAGAUGUAUGACGUCACAGAACAAAGUGCAAGUCCGGGACCCAUGUCCACCGCCGCCGCCGCCGCCACCACCAAAGCCGAAAGAUGACAGCGCCUUUUGGGCGGCUAUGGCCGUUGUAUUUGUUGCCGGUGGAUUCGUGGUCAUUGCUAAACGUUCUCCAGAGAUUCGCGAUUGGCUUACAAUCCACGCUCCAUGGUUCGACGACAUAAUAGCCGUAGCUUAUGAAGAGAACUACACGUACGGGGAGUUUGCCCAGCGAUGCUUGGAAGACCUGAAGAGCUACUUGAAGAUUGUCAUGAAGAACGAGCCCUGUCCGCCUGAGGGGGCUCCUAAACCGGCAAUAACCGUGCCUACAGAGGCUGAAGUCGAAGCUGAAAAAGAAGGAAAAAACGAUGACACAGAGGAUGGAGAGUCGUGUGUGAAGCCCCCGCCGAUCGUAGUAAGAAAGACCGCGUGUGAAAUUCUCGAGCGACUGAAAGAGCGCGGCAAUGAGGCGCUGAGUAACUACUACACUGCACACAGAGCCUGCCUACUUUACAACCAGAUUGUGGACGACACCAUGCAAAACUUUUCCAUAAAAACCAUGAAAGAACUCCAUGGUCACUUGGAGGAACGUGUGAAAUUAGUUACUGAGGCUGUGGAGAAGGCCAAAGAGGCAACUGCUAAUAUUGAAGAACUAACACGCUAUAUUGACUGUGGAGUCAUGGGACCUAAGGAUGAAGUAGAGAACCUCAAAAUUUUGAUGAAAGAUUACUUGCAGCAAAUAGAAGCUGCAAAUAUUCAAUACACAUGGGAAGAUGAUAAAUCCAAAGUGCUAGACGUUCAGUGGCAGAAGGUGGAGAGUACAAUAGAUAAGUAUUCGGAAGAAAACCAGACAAUGUUCCCAGAAAUAAAUUAUGAGCAGAAAAAGUUGCAGCUCAGUGGAGAUACUGACCUAUUACUCCAUCAUACCAGUAGAUAUACACGCCAACUGAAGGCGGAAUUAAAUGAUGUGGUGGAAGGAAUGACGGAAAGAGUUAAUAGAGCCUACGAAAUGCUGCCUCAGGGUGAGAAAGAGAGAAAAGAGAGAGAUGCGAUGGUGCAAUCUGUUCUCAAACAGAAGAGGGCUGAGAUGGACAAGGAGUUUAGUAAACGGUAUGCUGAUCAGCGAGAAAAGAAUGAUAAUAUAUUGAAAGACUCCUUGAGGAAGCAACUUGAAAGACACCAAGACACUUUAGAAAAGAGACUGGUCGAGAAAGAGAAAGAGGCUACCAGAAAAUUGGACAAGCUUGUCGCUGAAAGGGUGGCGUAUGAAAAGAAUCAAUUUGCCAUUGAGCUUAAAGAAAUGGCUAUGAAAUUAGCACUCAUUCAGGACAAACUUAAAGCAUGCUUAAAGAUAGAGCGAGAAACAAGACGAUCCCAAGAUUUGUGGGUUGCUGGAGCGUCGUUACUGGCAGCGACGAAGAAAGGUGACCCUUACGUUAACGUUGAUAAGGAGCUGAGGGCUAUUGAGAGAGCUUCAGGAGAUGGCGAUAAAUUAGUGACCACUGUAUUACAAGCGAUACCUCGAUCGGUGCGGGAGCAAGGAUUGGUACCAGAGAGUGUUCUAAAAGACAGGUACCACCAGAUGGAGGAUAUUGCCCUCAAAGUGGCAUUAGUGGAACAAGAAGGAGCGUCUUUUCCAGUUUAUAUCCUUUCGUGGUUGCAGUCGGCUUUACUUUUUAUGAAGUUGUCAGGAAUACCCCAGAAAGAGAUUGACAAUCCACCAAAAGAGCCUCCGUAUAAAGAACUGGACACUUUCGAGUUGUUGCAGAGAGCUAGGUUUUGGAUGGAGCGCGGUAAUCUCUCCAACGCUAUACGGUACAUCAGUGCUCUGGAAGGCGCGUCGCGGGCAGCCGCCUUGUCGUGGCACGACGCGGCACGCUCGCAUGUGGAGACACGACAAGCUGCCGAGGCCAUACUGGCACACGCUGUGGCCUUGGGCCUGCAGUAUAUCUGAACAGUUACGUAACACGUAGCAGAUUCGGAAGGGAGGCGAAAAAUUGGCACAUGUUUGGGGAAGGCUUUUGAAAAAAUUGAUUAAGUAAAGUGUUUUCUGUUGUUUUGUUAACAUCUGAAAUUGUAAAAUAAGUCUAUUUUAAAACAUUCAAUAAAAAUUGUACCAAUGUAA